CUAUAUAAAACCAGACAUAUCUCGCCGUUAGAAUCCACACAGUAAAUCGAAAAUGGCGACGGCGACGAGCAAGCAGGUCAUUCUUCGAGACUACGUGAGUGGUUUCCCCAAGGAAUCCGAUCUCGAGAUCACGGCCACCGCCGUUGAACUCAAGGUCCCGGCGAAUUCCUCGUCGGUGCUAGUGAAGAAUCUCUACUUGUCUUGCGAUCCCUACAUGCGCAUGCGCAUGGGAAAGCCCAACCCCGCUACUGCUGCGCUUGCUCAAGCCUACAAUCCCGGCAAGCCUGUCUUUGGGUUUGGAGUUUCCAAGGUGAUAGACUCAGGGCAUCCCGAUUUCCAAAAGGGCGAUUUGCUCUGGGGGAUAGUUGGAUGGGAGGAAUACAGUGUUAUCACCCCAACUCCGAACCUUCACUUCAAGAUCCACCAUACCGAUGUUCCAUUGUCGUACUACACUGGGUUACUCGGUAUGCCCGGUAUGACCGCCUAUGCUGGGUUUUAUGAAAUAUGUACUCCUAAGAAAGGGGAAUAUGUCUUUGUGUCGGCUGCAUCGGGUGCAGUUGGUCAGCUUGUGGGACAAUUUGCAAAGAUGAUGGGUUGCUAUGUCGUUGGAAGUGCUGGAAGUAAAGAAAAGGUUGAUCUCUUGAAGAAUAAGUUUGGAUUUGACGAUGCAUUUAACUACAAGGAAGAGCCCGACCUUGCUGCUGCCCUGAAGAGGUGUUUCCCGGAAGGCAUCGACAUAUACUUUGAGAACGUGGGCGGGAAAAUGCUGGAUGCAGUGCUUGUAAACAUGAGGAUGAACGGGCGGAUUGCGGUAUGUGGAAUGAUAUCGCAGUACAACCUCGAAAACCCGGAAGGAGUACACAACCUGACCACCAUAAUCUACAACAGGAUCCGAAUCGAAGGGUUCGUGGUAUUUGAUUACUUUGACAGGCAUUCCAAGUUCUUGGACUUUGUGCUCCCGUACAUAAGAGAAGGGAAGAUAACGUACGUUGAGGACGUAGCUGAAGGACUCGAGUCUGGCCCUUCCGCUCUGAUUGGACUCUUCCAUGGUAAGAACGUCGGCAAACAGCUUGUCGCGGUUGCUCCUGAAUGAGAUCUGUUAAGUUGAUCGGUUGCAGCAAGUAAUGUCUUGAUAUGUUUAGUACGAGAAACCAAAAAAAAAAAAAAAACGACUGUGUUGUUGUCUUGUUUUUGGGAGUGUUUGUUUCUAAGUGUUCUCUGUUUUGUCUUUCAAUAAGUUUGUAUGACAAAAAAAAACUAAAUAAAAUAUUUGCUAUGGGUUUGUGACAAGAA